CUUGUCAAACAACAAAAGAAAUCAAACAGUUUUCAUAGAACAUAUAAAACUCACAUAAAUUACAUUUAACUUGGGAUUUGUUUUGUGUGAAAAACUAUUAAAGAUGCCGCGACUCUUUCGCAGUCUCUUCUCCGAUCGCUACAAUGGCAACUAUGAGCAAUUCUAUGAAAAAUAUGCAGCAAUUUGCUUAGCCAUACCAAGCAUGACGCCUAUGCCGCGCCUGGUCGCACUGCAGGGGCACGGCAAGGCCUUCUGCCACUUCUACAAGACGCCAAAUAGCGAGCAUAAGGGCGCUGGCAAGAAGUUUCACUACGGCAGCGGGGAGCCGAGCAGCGAUUGGCGCGCAGCCGACAAUGUGCCCAUUGUGGAGCGGCGUCGCAUGGAGGAGGUCAACGAUAUACAGUUGAUGGACCUUGAGUUGAACGCGAGCGGAGAUUUCAGCCAUACCAUCUGGGAGCUGGAGCUGCCCGGCGAGGAGCUGGCCAUAUUUGCAAAGCAGAAACAGGGAAAGAAUGGCGUCACCAAGCUGGGCAGAAUCAAGAUGCUGACCAAGACCAAGGGCCGGCGCAAGAAGGCGGAUAUGCAAAAGCGCGACGAGCUGCUAAUUCAAUGUAAUCAGGGCAUGGUCACUCGAUCGCCGAGGGUGCAGCUGGCCGAGCGCUCCAAGCCGGAGCUAUUGAAGAAGCCAACAGAUCGACGGCGUCUCAAGCAGCCGGGCGAGCAGUUCCUCUGCGGCGAUUGCAACAAGAAAUUCGAUCACUCAUGGAUGCUGGUAGCACACAAGCGCACUCACACGGGCGAGAAGCCCUUCGUCUGUCCCGAGAUGAAUUGCCAGAAGAGCUUUGCCGAUCGCUCGAAUCUGCGUUCGCAUCAGCGCACCAUGGGCCACCAUCGCUGGGAGUUCCAGUGCGGACAAUGCGGCAAGUACUUCAGUCAGGAGUGCUAUCUGAAGCGACAUUCCUUGGAUGCCUGCCGCAAGUAUCUGCUCUCGGUUAGGCUGAAGAAAUAAGGAAACG